GCCAUGAUUGCAGCUGUCAUUUUUUCAUCUCUUUUUCUUUCUUUAAUUGUCAUUGAAGAGUCUGACUCUUCUUGCACAUACCAAACCCUCUAUCUUGGCAGUCAAUCCUUGACCUUUGCUUUGUUUCUCUUUCUUUGAUUGUUGAGACAAAAGAUUCACAAUGUCAAAGGAUUUUGUUGGGGGAAACAUAGAGGGAAAAUCAAACAAAAAAAUGGCUUUGGAAAAGGCCAUUGAAAGAUUGGCUAACAGGAUCCAUUAGAAGUUAAGACUGCACUCUUGGAUAGUAUAAUUCAAUCAACAAAUAAAAUUUUUUCUUUUUUUUUUUAUUGGGUCAAAAAAAAAUAAAAAUAAAGGGUGAUCUUCGUGAAUGUGUGCAACAGCAAGCAAUUUAUUUUAGUCUUAUUGUUUUUUCCCUUUUUUUUUGUUGGUGCUUUUCUUCUGUCUCUCUUUAUAUUUUCUUUGUACAUAAUAUCAUAUCAAUAAAAUAACCAUCAAAAUGAAAAGGAAAAUCACUACGCUUUCAUCCAGUAUCAUACUCGUCAGCAUAAGCUGUUUGUUAAUCUUUAUAUUCUAUCUAUCAACGAACAGUAAAAGUCAAGAACUAGAGGCUAUUCCAGUCACCUUUCCUGGACCUUUCGAUUUACAUAUACCAAGAGUCGACGAAAAGUAUCUAGCUUAUUUACCGCAUUCUGGUUUUCACAACCAACGUAUCGAAUUAGAAAAUGCCCUUCUGCUCGCCAGCUACCUUAAGAGAACUUUACUCGUUCCUAUGGUCCUUCUAUCCAAUCCCGCCAUGCCUUGGUUGCGAUAUGAAAAACUGUAUGAACGUCUCAUUUUCCAAACAAAAAAUGGACUCGAUCAUUGUGUCGAUUUGGACAAAUACGGUCUACCUUUGCCCAGCGAGUGCCUAAACAGCUUUCGUUGGACCAAUAUACCUUGGACAGUCUUCUACAAUAUGUCCGCUAUUGGCGAAGAUAUCCCACUCAUUUUCCGGAACGAACUCAGUUAUGAAUGGAUGUAUGAAAACCUUGACAUUCAACCUGAAGAUAUCUACUUUUUUAAAGACAUGUCACCCUAUGAAUAUCAAAUUUUGGAUAAUAAGCGUUUGGAUGAUUUACCCAUGACUCGUUUCAACUAUCGUAUCGACGUCGAAAAGUUACAGGAGAUUGAACAUCGUGUCCUUCACUUUGGAUCUAUGUUUGGUUCCUAUCGCGUGUUGGCAGAAACCAAUGAUCAUGCGCUUAAGUUGAAGAAUAUUCGGUCCAAGAUGAUUCUACAACAACCUAUUUUGUCAGCCGUGACAGCAAGAAUUGUUGAGAAAUUAGGCGGCACCAACAAUUUUAUUGGCAUGCAUUUACGUGUAGGGGAUGGCAUUUUCAAAUUACGAGCCUCUAUUUUGGUCGAUGAUAUUUUUCAUGAACUGGUCGAUAAAUACACAGAUUUGACAGUGGAACAAGUAGCGGAUUAUGAAGGCGGUGUAGAACAGCAUAAUCUGGACAGAACAGAAUCCUCGGAAUACGAAAUCAAGUUGAGAGCCUUUCAUCCCGGCAUGGGUGAAAAUGGGGAAGGAGUCAACUAUACAAAGCCGAUUGAAGUUCAUCAUGAAAGCACCGAUAACUUUAUCUAUUCAACAGAGCACUUUAAUACAGAUCCACAUAUUUCCCGAAGAUUAACAUGUGCUAAAGGCGAUAAGGUAACACACCGAUUCAGGAACACAGUACUCUAUAUUGCAACAGACGCACCUGAUCCAAGAAAUCAUCCCUUAUUGCGUAAAUUAUUCACAGUAUUCCCUUGUACAUUCAUCCUAAAUGAUUUCGUGGACGAUAUUGAAGAUGUAAAGCGAUUGGAAGUUGUAGAAGAAAGAGUGAAACUGGAAUCUUAUCUGAUACCAAUGAUUGAUGCGAUGGUCUCAGCCCAUGGUCAUACUUUCUUCGGCACUCCGCACAGUACUUUUACAGGUUAUAUUGAAAAGCAAUUGAAUCCUAUUUAUACUGGUCAAGAAGUCAAGGUGAUUGGCUUAGAAGAAUUUCUAGAGAUCCAGGCUGCUAAAGAAGCAGCAUAAUAAUUUGAUAACCACAGAAUACCAUGCCCAAUCAAGAAAAAAUAAAAUAAAGAAUUGCGAUAUCCUCU